UUCUCUUUCUAUCAACUCUUACCUCCUUUGUCUGUGUAUCUAACACGAUUGUUUGUGAGGGCACACAGGAAAUUAUGGGUGGUUCUGAAGUUGCUUACCUUGACUCAAUUAAUGACGACCUUGAGAAGCCUACCAAUACCAAUAACAAUACCAAUAGCAUGCAUCAUCUCACAGACCCACUGAUCCCGCAACAAAACAGACACAAACCAACUAACAAUACCAAUACCAAUACCCAUUUCUCCUUGGCCAUUAAAGAGGCCUUUUCCAUUUUCCAAAUUGCCUUCCCCAUGGUCCUCACCAGCCUUCUCCUCUACUCCCGCUCCCUCAUCUCCAUGCUCUUCCUCGGCCGUCUCGGGGAGCUCCCCCUCGCUGGCGGUUCCCUCGCCAUCGGCUUCGCUAACAUCACAGGCUACUCCAUUCUCUCUGGUCUCGCCAUGGGUAUGGAGCCCAUCUGCGGCCAAGCCUUCGGUGCCAAAAGGUUCAACCUUCUCGGCCUCGCCUUGCAGAGGACCAUUCUUCUCCUCACCUUUGCUUCAAUCCCCAUUUCACUUCUUUGGUUCAACGUCAAGAACAUCCUUCUCCUUUGCAAACAGGACGCCUCCAUUGCCUCCCAAGCCCAAUUGUUCCUUCUCUACUCUGUUCCUGACCUUUUCGCUCAGUCCCUCAUCCACCCUCUUCGAAUUUACCUCCGAACUCAAUCCAUAACGCUCCCCCUCACUUUCUGCGCCACUUUUUCUAUCCUUCUCCACAUACCCAUCAAUUACUUUCUCGUUUCCUAUCUCAAUUUUGGUAUUAGAGGAGUUGCUAUAGCAGGGGUUUGGACCAAUUUCAACCUCGUCGCUUCUUUGAUCCUUUACAUACUAAUUUUCAACGUCCACAAGGAAACAUGGGGAGGCUUCUCUCUCGAAUGCUUCAAAGAAUGGGGAAACCUUCUCAAUUUGGCAAUCCCAAGCUGCGUCUCGGUCUGCCUCGAGUGGUGGUGGUACGAAAUCAUGAUCCUCCUCUGUGGCCUAUUGCUAAACCCCAAAGCCACCGUGGCUUCCAUGGGCAUUUUGAUUCAGACCACAGCAUUGAUUUACAUAUUCCCUUCGUCGCUGAGCUUCAGCGUGUCCACCAGGGUGGGGAACGAGUUGGGGGCAGAGCAGCCAAAGAAGGCCAAAUUAGCAGCCAUUGUCGGGCUAUCUUGCAGCUUCGUACUGGGGAUUAUGGCUCUGUUUUUCGCAGUGUCCAUAAGGAAAAUAUGGGCGAGUAUGUUCACAGAGGAUAAAGAGAUCAUAGCAUUGACGUCCAUGGUGCUGCCCAUAAUAGGCCUCUGCGAGCUCGGGAACUGCCCACAGACGACAGGGUGCGGCGUUUUGAGAGGGACGGCGAGGCCCAAAAUAGGAGCGAAUAUAAAUUUAGGGUGUUUUUAUUUGGUGGGGAUGCCGGUAGCAGUAGGGCUGGCAUUUUACGGUGGGUUUGAUUUCAGGGGGCUAUGGCUGGGGCUCCUGGCGGCGCAGGGGUGCUGUGCGGCGGUGAUGCUGGUGGUUUUGGGAUUCACAGAUUGGGAGCUAGAGGCAAUUAGAGCUAGGAAGCUAACCGGUGGUGGUGGCGAUGAAGCGGUGGAAGCUGAGUCAGUUGAACCUAAAAACAAGCAAGAUCGGUGCUAAUAUCACAGAUUAUCAAAAUUAAAUUUGUGACA